AUGUUUGUACAAAAAGGUAAAAGUUUCACUUUAACCAUCACUGUGGAUACAUUUCCCCGACAGGUGGCUACCUAUUCGAAGGCUAUAAAAGUAACAGUCGAUGGACCUCGUGAACCGCGCUCAAAAACAAGUCCUCCUAAUGGCACCCAUUUUCGUGGUUUCGGCUUAUCACAACGUCCCUAUCCCGAUACCAGCUUUACCAGUCAUUUUCGUGAAUUGGGCUCAUUACAUCGUGUUACCCGCUCAUCAGCCGCCGCUACGGCUGCUUCAAUUGUUAAUUCUGCAGCAACACCAACAUCGGCUUCGAGUACGAACAGUAGUAGUUUACCGCAAUUAACGGGAGGCAUUGGUGGUGGCAGCGUCGGUAAUCAUUCACCAACGAGUAGUACAAUCAAUUCAGAUUGUCAGGGUUAUAAACCGAAUGCAUCCCAUUUACAAGACAACAACAAUCUUAUGGGUGCCGCCGAAUGGACAGGUUAUUCCAGCAGCAUGACUAGUGCCUCUGCCUAUUCCAGUUUUCAUCAUACCCAUCACUUACCACCACCUCCACCGCCAUCAGCUGCUUCAGCAGCUGCCACAAAUUCCGCUUACAGCGGCUAUGAAAGUCUCACCACCGAUCCCGCCAACUUACACUUGCCAACCGUGCUCACCGAUAUGCAACCCUAUUGCCCGACCAGUGAUUAUCAUCCCAGUGCCAUAGUGCCGCAUGUUCAGCCUCCGAUUUGUAGUCCCAACUAUAGUACGGUACCGAAAAAUGAAUACGAUUCCUAUAAUGCAGCAGCAGCGGGUUAUUCUUCCUAUAACAACUGGUCUAAUGGCUAUAAUAAUUACCAAUAUGGUAGUUGUGCGGGUCAGCCACAAUACUCAGCUCAUACAGCGCACACAAUGGUGCUGUAUCCUCAACUUAUAUCCACCUAUAAUCAAAAUGAAAUUCACUUACACCUACACGGCACCGAUAAAAUCGAACAAUAUUUAGGAGGAGAAAAUGCUCUCACUAUCAGUUCCCUUUCCGGCAAUCGUUCGAGCAUAGAGAUCGGUAUAGGCACCUCGGACCACGAAGAACAAAUGCAAAAUACUAAUAGUGCGGCAGGCGUAGGUGGAGGUGGAUUAAUGAAUAAUGAUCCUCAUACUCAUGUGGUAGUAACAGAUCCAGCGAAUCUAGAUCCGGAACAAAGACAAACACAAACGCAUUUAACGGAUCCCGCAACUGAAGUUAAUGUGGUGGGCGGUGGUGGUGGCGUUAGUGUUGCAUCAGCGGGUGUGACAAAUGAUCAACAUACUCAUGCCUCGAGAGAGGGAGAAGAAGUGUGGCGACCCUAUGUGCCCACUUCAUGGCCUCAGUGACAAAAUUGUAAGACUUAUGUACAUAUAGAGUUAAAUUAAGAGUCUAUUUAGUUUGAAUACGUAUUUAGUUAAGUAAUUACUACUAUUUGCUUUAAAAAAAUAAAUGAAAUGGAAUGAAUGUAAAAAGAAAAUCAAAAAAAAAAACACAAAAUUUGAAAAAUUAUUUAAUCAGAAGAUGUACUAGGAAAAGGCUUGUAAUAUAUAAAGGUUAUUUUUUAACGUAUGCCUAAAAGUAUGCUCCUCUUUAUUGAUACAUAUUAAUUGAAUUCUUAGAAUAUUCGCGAUAAAAAAAAUCGUUUUACAGGACUUCAUAGAUUUGUUCGAGAAGUAGUGGAAAAUAUAGUGUUGUUUUUCCAGAAUCCUGUGUCGACAUAAUUAAGUAUCCAUAGGAACAUUCAAGAAUCUAUUCAAUAUGUCCUAUUUUAUCUUCCAAGUCUCUUAAAUACGAUGUGUUUUUUCAAUCACAGAGUGAGCUAAAGAACACGCGGCUUGCAAGUUUGGUGCGCGGCUGAUGCCGGUCCAUGUACAAAAAAUUCAUUACAAAAUGGUUCAAUGGUUCUUUAAGAGUUUUAAAAAAUGUCCUUAUUUUAUCACCAGGGACAGCAAAGGGUUAAUUUUCAUUAAAAUUUCUGCAAGGUUUUAUCGCAUUCGAUUGAAAAAUAUUAAAAUUUUCUUAAAAAUUGAUCACAAUAAAGUUAAAUUUCAGAUUGUUAUUUUAAGAGUUUUAAAAGGGCAACAGUUUCAUAUAACCAAGGUCUGCAAAGGGUUAAUUUUCACUAGAAUUUAAACUUCAUUGAUCAUGGCAUAUUUUUCAAGGUUUCAUCAAGAUCCAUUGAAAAAUACUAAAUAUUUAGCUAAAUGUCAAAUAUAUAAAAACUUGACCUUGUUUAAUAUAUAAAAACUUGACCUUUGACCCCAAAGGUCAAUAGGUUAAAUUCCCCAUAUUUUGACAAAACAUUCGGUAAAAUUUUUUUUUGAAAAGGAGAGUAAAAUUUUGAAAUAUUCUUAAAAUUGGACUGCAAGAAUAGAAAAGUAGGAAGAAUUACGCUUUUCCUAAAAAACAAGUGUAAUUUCAAAACUGGUACGACUUAAGAAUAAAAGCUAUUUGAACUAAUUAUUUUUGGCUUUAAUUCUGUUAGACUUUUGCAAUAAGAUUCUAAAGAAAAUUACUUUGUAAAUUAACAAUUUAUUUAACAAAAAAUUUUCCUAAUUGCAUAAAAACCCAAAACAUGUUUCCUUAAAUUAACUUUUUCCAUUCAAUACCGAUUAAAUAAAUUUUUCAAAAUAAAAUUACGUUUAA